AUGGACAAUGGGACUCGUGUCGUGGCACGACCCGAGAGGUUAACGACUAAUUCUAAGGUUGCGACAAUGACAUAUCUACAAUCCAAACUACCCCUCCCAAUCCCCAAAAUCCUAGACUGGAACGAUACCCCCUCAAACCCCAUCGGCGCAGAAUACAUCAUCCAGGAGUCCGUAUCCGGUAUAAAAUUACACCUAGCAUGGUCCAACAUGAACUCGGAACAACAUAUGCUAUGUACUAAGUCGCUGGGUUUCCUCGCUUAUGGGAGUUUGUAUUCCGAUGAUGCGCCGCUUGACUCGUCUCUGAAGAUUCCCUUCGGGGAGGGCUUUUGUAUUGGACCGCAUUUCGGGGGCUUGGGGAGCGGGAACUUUAUGGGGAUUCGAGUCCUGAUUGUGGUCCUUGUUAGCGGUUUGAUAGAACUUGGAUUCUCCCGUUUACCGAAAGAAGACAGCAAUGACCAGAUUCUCCCUCAUCAGGGGUCCAUUCAAGAACAUAUCCGAUUAUUGAACAUCAGUCAACAAGUAAUGCAGUGCUUGAUCAAGGAUAAACGCAUUCAAGACUCUGCUACACCGACUUUACUUCAUCCAGAUUUCCACAUGAGGAAUAUCUACGUCUCAACCGAAGAUCCAACAGUCAUCACAGGGUUAAUAGAUUGGCAAUCAACGAGCAUAGAACCUACUUUCAUUUAUUCCAACGAGACGCCUGACUUCGCCAGUCUACCCGAACUACCUGGGGAGGACACGUUCGAGAAUGGAAAAUCCUGA